CUUAACGAAGCCUUUGCCCGAUGGCCACCGUCACCUCUGCAGCUCUCACCAUCCCAUCCUUCACUGGCCUCAAAGCCGGUGCAACCGCAGCUAAAGUAAGCUCCGCUGCCAAGGUCGCAGCCUCUCCCGGCCCAAGGGUCGGCAUCCAGGCCUCCCUCAAAGAUGUUGGUGUUGCUGUUGCGGCAACCGUUGCAAGUGCAAUCCUCGCCAGCAAUGCCUUGGCCCUUGAAGUCUUGCUCGGUGGCGAUGAUGGGUCUCUGGCCUUCAUCCCCAGGGAAUUCAGCGUGAGUUCUGGGGAGAAAAUUGUGUUCAAGAACAAUGCUGGGUUCCCACAUAAUGUCGUGUUCGAUGAGGACGAAGUCCCAAGCGGAGUCGACGCAUCCAAAAUCUCCAUGCCCGAGGAAGACCUACUCAAUGCCCCAGGAGAGACUUAUGCUGUUACCUUGACCGAGAAAGGAAGCUACAGUUUCUACUGCUCUCCUCACCAGGGUGCUGGUAUGGUCGGCAAAGUCACCGUUAACUAAGUUAGAAGCUUUGUGUUUUGUUCAUGUUACAUCUCUAGUACUUUUUGAGCAUUAGAGUUUUGAGUGUCGAGGAUGCAUGAGAUCAUCGUGAAUUUGUAUCUCGAUAUCUUUCCUUUCCUUUAAACUUGUGUUUAUAUUUCACUUGUAACCGGAUUAAAAUCUGAAUCUUUUUGGAACUCGGA